CUAUCCAUCGCCCGCGCGCUCACAGGUGUGACGACGACGACGCGGAAGUGAGUCGUCAACCGUCUCCUCACACGGACACGAUGUCCGACGACGACGUGCGAUACUGUGAGCGAUGCUCAUACAUUUUCCUCAAGUUGAUUCUGUUCGCGUAUGCCAUCAUCUGGUGGUUGAUAGGCGGCUUCAUCUUGGCCAUUGGCAUCUACGCAGAGGUGGAGAGGCAACGCUACAAGACGCUGGAGGGAGUGUUUUUGGCCCCGGCUAUAAUCCUGAUCCUCCUGGGAAUCAUCAUGUUUAUCGUUUCGCUUGUGGGGCUCGUGGGUUCACUGAGGGAUAAUCUAACCCUGCUGAAAGUUUUCAUGUACACCCUGGCUGUGUGUUUGAUUCUGGAGCUGCUCGGAGGAAUUCUGGCGCUGGCGUUCCGCCAUCAGACUGUGGGUUUGGUGAACAAGAACAUCAGGAAAGGCAUAGUGAACUACUAUGAUGACCUGGACUUCAAAAACAUCAUGGACUUUGUACAGAAGAGGUUUAAAUGCUGCGGGGGUCAAGAGUAUACGGACUGGUCAGUCAACAUGUACCACAACUGUUCUGCACUGAGUCCAUCGGCCUGCGGUGUCCCGUAUACCUGCUGCAUUACUACUAAGCCCAAUGAAGUGGCCAACACUAUGUGUGGGUACAAGGUGUUGGAAAAAACGCGUUUGGAAUUGAUCGAAAUCAUCCAUAUCCGAGGCUGCACUGACGCUUUCUUCAUCUGGCUGAUGGACAACUACAAGAUCAUGGCUGGACUCCUAUUAGGGAUCCUACUGCCGCAGUUCUUCGGUGUGGUAGUCAGCUGGCUGUACAUGACUCGCGUUGAAGACGCCAUCAGUGAGUACGGUCACUACAUGGACCUGCUGGACUCGAGUGCGGAUGAAAGAGUCCACAAAGAGCAGCCUCAUGUGGCUAAAUGGUUUAGAUGUAUGCCGGAGAUCUAAUGGAGGUGACUAACAAUUCACAGCAAACGGACUGCAGACCUUUGACCAGAAGGAAAUGCUGUGCACCCAAAUUGAGUUUGAUACUGAAUACUGAUACUUGAAGUAUUCCUUCAAUAUUACUGUAAACUUACUGGAUGUAUCCAACACAAAAAGGUUUGAAGGGCGCAUUGAUGUGUUAAAUGUUUAUGACUCUUACAAUUCAAAUAUGCAAGCAAGGGUGAGGGAUGGUAGCUCAUUCAUAUUUUACUGACUUUUAGCUGCACGCAGUCUCAGGGAUAAAUGCAGAAACAAAUACAACCUUUUGCUCCUUUUAUCAGAAUAUGAAAUUUAGUUUGUUCAGCUCAAUCAUACAACCACAAUAUACAACACUGACCCUUUUUUGUAUACUGGUAAACAUUUGUUCAUUACUUUUUUUUUUUUGCAACCAAUUAAAGCAUUGCCCCGCUUCUCUAUAAAACCACCGGCGAAGUAGCUUUCUUUCAUCCUGUGUGUAGGACUGGAAAUACAUUGAGAAUAAACAAUUCUUUUCAAUUAUUAAUUAAUUCUAUGACUCCUCUGAAGUGCUAAGUGAACCUCCAUGCUGUGUCCGGCUCAACAACUGCUGCCCACUCUGUGAAAAGGUAAUAUCCUAAUCAUUUGGCCAGUUUAUUUGUUGUUGCAAUCAGAGGCCAAGUGGUAUGGGGCUCUGCAAUGUGGGGGGUGGACAGACAGACAGACAGACAGACAGACUAUCCAACUACCUAAUAACAUGCCACACAACUGCAAAGGCUGUGAAAUGGAUCAUUUGGCAUGCAGAAGAGUGGGCUUUGUGACAUAGUGUGUGCCAAUGGUCACAUGUCCAGAAUACACACCAACAUGAAAUAAAGUGGUGGUUUUUUUUUUUUUUUGUUAGUGCAUUUCUGUGAAAACAAACGUACACAAGUGAAUGACUAAUAACAUUUGAGUGACUAUGACCUUUCUGUAGCUGUCCUUACUACGGUCACAGGAAUGUAGUUGUGAGCAUGUUCAUAUUCUAUGUUCCGGGUGCACGUUGUUUGUCAUGUGCCAUAUACAGGUGCACGCAUUCAGGACGGGGGGGGUGGAACCUUACUGGCAAUCGCAUAAUGCGUUUUAAAUGUUGGUGUCAGUUCAUUGAUCGGCACAAAACCACCAUGUAUUGAAAGAAAUGUGUUGUCAAGUUGUGUUGCCUGGUUAUGGUUCUAAAAUAUAAUGAUUAUAUACUGGUUGGUGUUUGAUCUUUUAGUUGACUGUUGCACUGAACGGAUCUUCCUGUGCAGGGAUAUUUUUGGGGUUGGUGGCUGUUUAAUAAAUGAUGGCGGAUGCA